ACUAGAAUUUUUAGCUAUUUAACAAAGGCAGAUGGAGAGGAGUUUCCUGGUAAAUUAGCGUGUGACAACGGAGGUCACAUGCAGAAGCUAGAAGAUGGUACCAACCUCAUCUCCCAAAUGAGUGAUUACUUUGAUUUCCUUGUUACCAACUCUGUCACCCAAGAGGGCCUUUGGACUGCCCCUUAUCUGGAUGCAUGGGGGCUGGGUUUAAUGGUGACAUAUGCGAUACCUGUUGUUAGCACAUCUAGUAAAAAGUUGUUAGGAGUAGUUGGCAUCGAUGCAACCCUAGAUGAGAUCGAGAAUUUGAUCGUUAGUGAGAAGUGGGGAUCAGUGUAUGCAUUCCUCAUCAAUAAGGAGGGAGAAACCAUUUUUCAUCCUCUUCUAAAACCCAGUAGUAAAUUAUCAGAUGAUCCGAUAUUUAUCACAAUAUCGAAGUUAGAACAACGUGAUGGCAAACCGGAGAAUUUCAGUAUCGUAGAAAAUAACAUGAAGGCGGGCAAAAGUGGGUUUACAUACAUCAAGAAUGCUGUCAGGGGAGUACCUAAGGGUGAUUUUUCAGAUGGAGUAAAGGUUUUUAUUAUGCCUGCGACUUACUACUACACAUCACUCAACCAAUCUGAAUACUCAUUUGCCUUCAGUUUGGCUGAUACAGACUCAACAUUUCGCCGUUCAAAUGAACCGCAAGAUAAAUCAUCCCUACCGAUGAGUGUCUUUAACAUUUUGACAGAGUACAACAGUCCGCUGGCAAAGGAACGUUUAAAUAAGAAUGGUUCUGAUUUGUACAAGGAGAUGGAGAUAAAGUAUGAUGAGCCUAAAUAUAAGGGCCUGACGGUGACUUACAAACAUUCCUCAGUAAAAUUUGCGCCAAAAUGUUACUGUAACCCAAACAAGUUUAUCUUUGACGAUGACCUCGCGAUGAAGACCGUGAUGGCGCAUGAAUUCAUGAAUGGUGACGACAAUCCUGGUUGUCCAAAUGGAACCUUUGAGAAGAACAUCAAAGCUGAUGUCUUGAUAACAUCUCAAAUUGAAGCAAUCUGGAAAAAGCGCAAUUUUGACCUUUUGAAAGAUGUAAAGUGGACAUAUAUUGGGUGUCGAAGUGGAGUGUUCAGGACAUACCCAGGUCAUAGGUCAAGUCGCCCAUAUGACCCAACGAAGUAGGUCAAUUUGACUCUUUUUUUUAAA